GCGUGCGCGCUCGCUACAUCCGGAAGCGCUACGUUUAUAAACAUAAUCUCAUGUGCGGCUGUCGCGAGCCGACAUAUAAUGACGCUUUUAAGUAAUACUGGUUUAAAAUGAUUUAAAUGCGUUAAAAACGGAAACAAAAAUCAUUUUCGUUGUGACUCGUACCUCAGGAAAGUCUUUACCAGACUAUCCCGAGGCUGAAAUAUCACGUUCAAGGUACUUUAGCAAGCUAAACCAGUUAAGCGUGUUUAUAUAGACAAUUAGACAUUUUAAUAUAUAUACUUUUUUUUACAUGCAGUGCUGCAUUGCUAUUAUUGAAUGGUCGACCUGAUUUAGUAGGUCAAUAUUAAAAAACGCAAUAAAGCAGAUGAUGGUUUAUGUUCGUAUGUGUUAAUGAUGCGGUUUUAAAUGUAUGUGCUUUUGGAUCAGAGUAAAUAAACUAAAGAGAAGAUGCCAGCUCGAAACACAAUAAACAGUGGAGUCAGAUACUCCAAACUAGCCAGUGAUGAUGAUGGAUACAUUGAUCUCCAGUUUAAGAAGAGUCCACCUAAAGUCCCUUAUAAAGCCAUCGCCUUGGCAACCGUUCUCUUCCUCAUCGGCUCCAUCCUGAUCGUCAUCGGAUCCCUCCUGUUAGCAGGAUAUUUCGAAGUUAAUGAACACCGCGAUCGCACCAUCCCGGUCCUGGUUAUUGGAAUCCUGGUCUUUCUUCCCGGGUUUUACCACCUGCGCAUCGCCUAUUACGCCUCCAAGGGUUACCGCGGCUACUCCUACGAUGACAUCCCUGACUUCGAUGACUGAGCGGCGAGGACGAGCUGAUCUGACAGAGAGCUUUGAACCUGGUUGUCCAGCAGCACCGCCGAUGUCUGCCAUGGAAAAAUUAAUUAACAGACUCAUUUUUUAACAUUUUCAUAGACUCAGAAGGUGAUUGGAAUUCAUGAACUAGUAUGAUGGUUCGUGUAAUGAAUAUAAUUUUUUUUUUUUAUGGAUUUAAUGCCAUUAUUUGUAAUGCAGACAGGUUUCUGUUCAGUUGUUGCGUUAGUAUGCUGUAUUGAGUUACAGGUUGUUGCAACAAGCAAAGCCUGAGGCAAGAAAAACUACUCAACUUGCCACAUGCUGUUUUAUAUUUUACAGUUCUUGAGAUGGGCUGCACUAGGGUUCAAAUCUGUCAUUAAUGAUGGGAUUUUUUAUUUUAUUUGUAAAAAGGUUUCAUUUUUAAAUUUAAAGGCAUUCGUGUAUGAUGCGGAUAAAGCACCAUUAAAAGGUUUUCAUCUUUAUUCUUUAAUGUCACGUCACUGGAUUUAACUUAUUUUAAUUUAUGUGAUUUUUUUUGGCAUUAUAGAGGAUACUUUAUGAUUAAAUAAAUUGUUUUCAAAUGAAAACUGAUGGUUAUCAUGAUUGCAUUUAGAAAGCUUCUCGGUAUAUUCUCAGUUUUUAAGAAAGAGCGUGAACCCUGAUAAUAAAACUACAUUAACUA